AUGCCAUCACCAAAGUCCCGGCGUUCAAGUUUACGUCGAAAUAGUACUGAGCUCUUACAACGGGCUAAGCACUUCCAAGAAAAAUAUAUUCUUCAUCCAUUUUGGAUUUCUCGAUCAAUGGGUAAAAUUGAAAAUAUUACUCAAAUCCCCGAUAUCGAUAUUGCUGAAGCUGGCGUUUGUAAAUAUUUAUUAAUUGAAGCUCGAGAUCAUGGUACCACUUAUGGCCAAUCGAAACUUGUUGUUCGUGGUGAUGCUUCGUGUGCUUAUCAUGCUGAUGUAUUGAGUAAAAUCGAAAGUGAAAUUGAUGAAAAAAGUUUAACAUUAACUUGCAAAGGCGGUGGACGAAUAGAAGUUGAUCCUGGAACAAGAUCAAUUUCGAUCUAUGGCUAUUCUCCAGAAUUUGGUGCAGCUGAUCAUGAGAAAACAUUAGAAAUUCUUGAAAAGAAAUAUCAUCAAUGGACAAUUAACAUUAAAGAUGAUGAAUAUUAA